AUGCCAACUGGGGUCAGCAGGGAUGAUACCGCAUCAGCCUCCGAGUUAGCGAUCACUAUAUUGUCCAAUCUGUUGAGUGCAAAUAUCGAUGUCGGCCUCAAGCAUUCCCUGAACAUCGGCUACCACGGCAAUGUCGACAUCAGGACAGCAUUCGUCAAGGUGUUGUGCAAUAUACUUAUCCAGGGCACAGAGUUCAGCAAUCUGACCGACUCGGCCGUAAAUGAGAAAUACAACGAACUCUUGGAUUUACUUACCAAGGACAUGACACUUGUCGCCGCCAUGAGCAUUGUAUGCCCGAGUCACGAGGUUGACGAGUUGACCAUUUCCCUUCUCACAAUCUUCGAGCAUCGAGGCCGAACCUUUGAAUUGAUUGAAACGUUAAUCAAGCAAGAGAUUGAACAAACUGAUAACGAGUCUGAAAUCCUGAGACGGACUUGUGUCGCCACUAAAAUGCUAUCAGUAUAUGCGAAGUGGAAGGGACAGGCCUAUCUCAAAGCAACACUGCAGAAGGUAGUUGAGCGAUUGGUGCUCACCUCGAAAGAUCUUGGUUUAGAGCUCGACCCUGCUCGGGUGACAUCGAACGACGAGCUGCAGAAGAAUGCCCUGCAGCUUCGAAUCGUUGCCAAGGUACCGCCAGACAGUCUGGAUCAUGAAAGUAGCAUCGAAUCUUUCGACUUCGGGUCCUGCGUUGCCUUGCAUCGCUUCCUAUACGACCACUGGGAUCAUAUUAGGCAGAAGCUGGUCGGCCAUGAACGUAGGGACUACGUGCGCUCACCAGCCGAGAUUUCUCGAGUCCGUUCCCCUGUGCUUGAGCCACUACGUAACUUGAUCACAAAUCUAGGGCCGCCGCCCUUGGCAGUGACCUGGAACAGGCCGCAAGUCUCGACGAACACACCACCCUCAUACUCAAUGUUCCAAGACUUUAUGUUGCGCAACGCGUUUCGUGGUACCGAGUCGUUCCUAACCGCCCGAGCCGUGUAUGAUGGGGGAGAGAGCAAGGACGGACUUUCAAUAAUCUGUAUCAUAUUGCGGCACAUGGACUCGGAGAGCAUUGACUAUGAGACCCUGAUCUUCUGCUAUUUGAAGAUCGCCAGUCGCCUUUGGCAUAAGCCCUUCGGGCUACUCAUAGAUGCAACAUGCUACAAUGGGCAGAAUGAGCCCCAAGACGAUCUCCUUCGGAAGCUAGACUCUCUCACACCAGUCGAACUGAACCGCAAUUUGACGAGAGUUUACGUAUACAACAUGAACAGUGCUUUCCGGAAAUGCUUCCGUAGAAUUCUUCGAGUCUCUGCCAAGACUGAGAGCAGCGUUUUCCACCCAAAAAAUGUCGAGUACCAUCUCAUUGGCAGCCUGCAAGACUUGCAGGCUCACUUUCACUUGAGCCAGCUUCACCUACCGAAAGAGACAAUCAGUGUUGUGACGGAUACACGCUACGUUUUCCAGCCCAUCACCAGGCUUUCAAAAACAAAGGGAAAAAUCGAGGUUAUCAUCAAGGUUGGGAGCCAAUUUGUCCAGGUUACGACAACCAAGAAGCAGGAGGUUUUCCCAGGCUACCGGCUUAGCACAACAGUCAACGACAUUUUCCGCCUCGGGGAGGUUGAUGAGGCUCCGACAUCGAUUCAAACCGAAGAUGAUUCAGCAUUUGGACUCCGAGCCGAUAGCGGUCGCAUUGUGAUGUAUUUCACCAGUCCGAAAAAGGUGGAUGUUCUACAAACAAUUCGCGGUGCUAAAGCCAAGUACAGCAAAGACAGUCGAUCACACAAGGCUUACGAGCGACUGAUUCGACCACAAGACGUACCUGGGACUCUUCUCAACCUAGCAUUAACAAAUCUUUCAAGCGUCGACGAUGUUCUCAGGCUAGCUUCCUAUAAUCUUCUUGGCUCAUUGUGCAAAGCCUUCCGAUUUAGUGCUGCCUCCAAAAUGAUGUGCUUGAUCGAUGUCUCGGUGCCCACAUCUGCGUCACACUUCAUCAUUGCGAUCAGUGAACAGCUGGCACAGACGGAGCCACAGCUGACUUUCGACUUUCUCACCGAGUUUUUCGUGGGGUGGGAGAGCUUUUCUGACGACCAAAAGCCGAUAAGCCUGGCGUAUAUGUCGCCGUGGCUUCCUGGCCUGCGAACUGCGAUUCUUGCAAACGAGGCAGAUGGCGACAGGGGUAAGGAAAAAAUUGCUUCUUUGUUCCGGAAACUAAUUGACUUGGCUGUGGCCGAUCACUUCCUCACGUACACUCUGGAGCAGGUUGUUUGGCCCGCCAUCUCGCAGGAUGAAACGAUCCUGGAUCUUUUUCUGGAGGAACUAACAAAGGCUGCACUCAGCCUCAACCUUGCAGACGAGUCGCUAGAUGCUCUUUCUUCGAUAGUGGCCGGCAUAGGAACUAUCACCCUCCGGGCUAGGGUCAUUUCCAGGCUACGAAAGGCGUUGAAUCGAACCUCCCUCCGCCCCACAAAAGCUUUGCCAGAUAACGUUGUGUGGGCCGAGAUCUGCGUAUUACUUCACUUCUGCUUGUCACUCUCCUUCGACAAUGGUGUCCAGGCGCAGCUCUUCUUACCGGAGAUCUUCCACAUAGUCACCAUGCUUGCCAACACUGGUUCGGUGGAGAUACGCAUCCUGAUCUGA